UGAGCUCGGCGACGGGCGCCUCCUGAUCGCGUACACGGAAGUGCGGCGGGCCCCGCCUCCCGGGGAAGAGGCCAGGGCGCGACGCUUCCGGGAGCCCGGCGGCCGCGGGCACCUCUUAGGGAGUUUCAGGCGUCAACCCGGAGGCCCCACUCGCCGCGGGGUUUCAUCAUCUGUCCCUUUGGUGACCCUGGGAGUUCCAUCAUGGACCUCUUCUCCACACAUUCUGCCCUGUUGGUUGCACCCUCUCCCAAGGCCUGAAGAACUCACUGUAUGCUGACGACCAUCACAUCUCUGCAGCCCAGACUUCUCUCUGAGGCUUCCACUCCUCUGCCCCCCACCCUGCCCUUUCUCUCGUUUGGGGGUCUCUGUACAUGCUGUUCAGUCUGCUUGGAAAGUUCCCUCCCCAGCCAUCCCAGCUCAUCUGUCUGCAAGCCCUCCCUGCUGAUGCAGCAAGGAUCUUCCUCUAGCCCAGAUGCCCGUGCAGCCUCCAGGCAAAGACACAGAAGAGAUGGAAGCAGAGGGUGAUUCAGCCGCUGAGAUGAAUGGGGAGGAGGAAGAGAGCGAGGAGGAACGGAGCGGCAGCCAGACUGAGUCAGAGGAGGAGAGCUCAGAGAUGGACGAUGAGGACUACGAGCGGCGUCGCGGCGAGUGCGUCAACGAGAUGCUGGACCUGGAGAAGCAGUUCUCAGAGCUAAAGGAGAAGUUGUUCAGGGAACGGCUGAGUCAGCUGAGGGUGCGGCUGGAGGAAGUGGGGGCUGAGAGAGCGCCUGAAUACACAGAGCCUCUGGGGGGGCUGCAGCGGAGCCUCAAGAUCCGCAUUCAGGUGGCAGGGAUCUACAAGGGCUUCUGCCUGGACGUGAUCCGGAAUAAGUACGAGUGUGAGCUGCAGGGAGCCAAGCAGCACCUGGAGAGUGAGAAGCUGCUGCUCUACGACACCCUGCAGGGGGAGCUGCAGGAGCGGAUCCAGAGGCUGGAAGAGGACCGCCAGAGCCUGGACAUCAGCUCUGAGUGGUGGGAUGACAGACUCCAUGCUGGAAGCAGCGCAAAGACUUGGGAUUCUCUGCCGCCCAGCAAGAGGAAGAAGGCGCCUCUCGUUUCUGGUCCUUACAUCGUGUACAUGCUGCAGGAGAUUGACAUCCUGGAGGACUGGACGGCUAUCAAAAAGGCUAGGGCGGCUGUGUCCCCUCAGAAGAGAAAAGCAGAUGGACCUUGACCCUGCUGUUCAGGGCCAAGGGGCCCCUCAGAGCAGCUGGCAGCAACCCCAGGAUUUGCAUUUUCCUGCUGUGGGAAGGCGGACUGACAGACCCCUCAGGGUCUAGCCAGACAGCUCCCUGGUGCUGCUGCUGGGCCUUCCUCUCCAGCCACCACUGGUCUGGACUCCUCUGCCCUCCUCGGAGGCCUGCACAGCUGUGGCCCAGAGCCGCCCUAGCCAGGCAAGACUGUCUCCUCCGUCCCCAGUGAGCCCGCCACCUUCCCCUGCCAAAGGUCAGCCUCCUCUGUGCCCUCCCAGACAAAGAAGAUGUGGCUCAUCUUAAGCCAAAGCAACAUCCUCUCUGCUGACCUCGGACCAGUCACUGAGCCAGUGAUCUGGGCCCCACUUCGUGGGAUCUCUGACCCAGGAAUUAUAUUUUGGGGGCCUGUCUCUCCUGGCUGUCGCUAGAGAUGAGAAGGCUCCCCGAGUCUUCUCAAGGAGGUUCUUGGUAUCUGUCUCCCAGAUUUCAGGGACUGGAAUUAAAACCUUUCCUGGGACUCUGCCAUGA